CCCGUCCCGGCAGCCCCCGCGCUCCCGCCGCCCGCGCGCCGUGACGUCAGCGGCGGGGAAGAGGAGCGCCGCGCGGCGGAGGGGGCGGUCACGAGAGCUCCAUGUCCCCCAGGCUGUCCCCGUUUUAUCUCCGGUUCCAUCUGCCGGGGCCUCACGCAGCGGAUCCGGCCUCGCUCACCUGGACCGGGAUGGCGUCUGUGAGCCGGGCGCUGAGGCUGCUGCCGCCGCUCGCCGCCGCCUCCUCCCGCCGCAACAACUCCAACCGCGCCUCCGUCUCCCACCUCCACCGGCAGCUCUACGGCCGCCUCUACCCCGUCCUCCUCGUCAAGACCGACGGCUCCACCGUCCGCCUCCGCUACAAGGAGCCGAAGAGGAUCCUCAUGCUGCCCCUGGACAGCAGCACGCUGCCCGAGGCCGAGCGCAAGGCCCGGCUCCGCAGGCAGUUCCCCAGCAAGCCCAAAGCCGACGUGGAGGAGACCUUCAAGGACAUUGACCUGGACACCUACAAGCGCUUCUGGAAGAAGUGAGCCUCUGAAAUAAAAAUUAAAAAU